AUGCUCGGUCUCUGGAAUCAGGGAGGAUGCGAAGAUCGUUGCAGAGUCUUUUCACGCAAUCUUUUCGUCGUUCGUGAAGAUACGAUUGCUCAUCCUGCUUUUCCAGUCAUGAUUUCGCCUUCAUCAGAAAAAUCGGAUGACAGCUCUCCAAGAAGAUCACGUCAUAUGCGGAGGAGAACGAUCGUGUCGAAUCCAUAUGCAGAAAUUAAUCAACAAAACAAUUUCUACACAUCGACACCACAUCGAAGUUUUUAUCCGAUGCUACCGCCUAUUUCCACAAUUUACACUCCAUUCUCAUCGUACUAUUCCCGAUUUGAAUUAAGCGGCUACUCUGCCGACUACUCGGAUCCAUCAACGUCUCUUAAUCAACGGACAACGAUCGCAUCGGCAGAUCGCUGUUCUCCGCCUCCGCAGCUGGUUCCUUACUCGACUCCGUUGUCAGAUGAUUCUGGAUUCUCCUCAACAGCAUCGGGAGCGGACAGUACACCAGUAACUCGAUCUACGGUCAGAGGUUACAAGAAGACAUAUUGUACAAUUUGUAAAGUGAACAUCAACAAAGAAGGGAAGAGAAGUCAAGGUCCACGACGACAUCUUCUUCAACAUCACGUGCGGAGGCCACUGUUUCAAUGUCCACACUGUUCACAUUCAUCAUUUUAUGAUAAAUUCCAUGUGACUAGCCAUAUGCGAAGAAUACAUCAGGAUCACUCGGAUCGACUAAUCAAUAGAAGUUCAGAAUUUGAAGAUGAAGUGGAUCAAUGGUACAAGCGUUGUUUCGGAGAUGUGGGAGAAACAGAACUGGAGAAAUCAGAAAACUCAGAGUCAAGUUCUUCGCAUCAAUUGCCCUCCUCUCCACCGCCUGUACUUUCGCCGGAACCAAUUUGCAAGGAAAAUAUCGAUCCUUGUUCAUUAUUACCGGAAACGCCGAUUCCCGUACCCGCUCAGAAAAAACGAAAAAUCGGAUUUAUGAUGGCAGAUUUACUGCAGCUGAGCCCACAAAAAGAAUAG